AUGGCAACAUCUGGGCUUGAUGGUCAGCUUAAAUUAUGGGAUAUCCGAACGUAUAAACCUUUACAAGAAUAUUUUACUCGAACUCCUGCCUCGUCUCUUUCUAUAUCUCAAUUGGGACUUCUAGGAGUUGGAUGGGAACCUAAUAUUGACAGUUUGGAGGCAAACCCGUUUCAGACUAAAAAGCAGAGACAGGAAGCAGAAGUGCAUAGUUUAUUAGACAAAAUCCAACCUGAAAUGAUUACAUUAGAUCCUACGUUUAUUGGUAACAUUGAUAGAGCCUCGAAAGAGAUACAAGAAAAAGAGCGGAAAGAACAAGAGGAAGAGGAGCGUGCCUGUGACGGAAAGUGGGAACUUCGUAAUAAAGCGCGUGGUAAAAAUUCAUCAUUGAAAAGAUAUCUUCGUAAGAAACAAAAGAAUGUGAUUGACGAACAAAGGGUUUGUUUAUUUGCUGACACUUAA